CGCGCGCACUUCUCAUUCAUGGGAGCUCGUACUGUUGGGACUUCAUGCUGAGUUUUGUCUUAAUGCAUGUAAAUGGUUAAUGUUUUAGAUCUGAUCUGAUCAUCUGAAUCGUCCACCAUUCGUUUAAAACAUUACAAGGAAGACAUGGAAGUUUGCAAAGGACGUUUGCUGGGCAUCUCGGUGGCUGUCGCUCAUGGAUUUUUUUCGGGAUCGCUCAAUAUUUUGUUAAAAUUCCUCAUCACGACCUAUAGCUUCACAUAUCUCACUUUAAUUCAGUGCAUGACCAGUAGCACUGCGGCGCUCACAUUAGAGGUGUUGAGGAGACUAGGCAAAAUAGACAUUCCACCUUUCAGCUUUCAGUUAGUGAAAGUUUUCGCGAGUGUCUGCAUUUUGGCCACUUUGCAGUCCACGUUAACCCUCUGGUCUCUGAAAGGACUGAGUUUGCCCAUGUAUGUUGUGUUCAAGCGAUGCUUGCCCUUGGUGACGCUAGGAAUUGGAGUGUGUGUUCUGAAGAAUGUGAUCCCAUCACCUGGGGUUAUAUUAGCAGUUCUCAUCACCACUGGAGGAGCUGUGUUGGCUGGUGCUGGGGAUCUCGCAGGUGACCCUUUUGGCUACGUGACUGGUGUUUUAGCUGUGAUUGUCCACGCCUCCUACCUGGUGCUCAUCCAGAAAGCAAGUGCAGACAGCGAUUAUGGCCCACUCACAGCCCAGUAUACCAUUGCCGUAGUGGCCUCUCCUGUUCUAUUCAUCUGUUCCAUUGUUAGCAUGGAUGCCAUAGACAUGUGGACCUAUGAAGGUUGGAAGAACCCUUUUAUCACAGGUAUCUUCUGUGCUUGCAUCCUCAUCGGCUGUGCAAUGAACUUUACCACACUGCAUUGCACCUAUAUCAACUCUGCUGUGACCACCAGCUUUGUAGGUGUGGUAAAGAGUAUAGCCACUAUCACGGUGGGCAUGCUGGCCUUUAAUGAUGUCACACCAACCAAUCUGUUUGUAGCAGGCGUCGUGGUUAACACCGUCGGGUCCAUCACGUACUGUGUGGUGAAAUACCAUGAAACUCAAAAGAAGGUGACCUACCAAGAUAUGGACGAGGCCACCAAGGAUGAAGUAUUUCCAGGAGAUCCUUAUGUAGAACCAGACAAGCCUGAUGGAGAUACGGAAACUCUUCCGAACAAUCCUGACAGUAUUCUGAAUGGCAGCCUGAGUGCAUCAGUUGAUGGCGAUGACCAGGGUCCCAUUCGUGAGAAUAAAGUUGCAGAAUCCAUACAACUAGAAAGACCAGCGGUCCAAUCAGAUGGGGAGUCUGCGAGACAAUCUAUAAGCGACAGUUAUGUAGGGGUCUGGAGAUCCAUUCGCACCUUGAAGUUACUUAAGAAAGACACUUUACUUGACAAUAUGGAGGUUCAAAGUCCUUGA